AUGGCACCUCCAACCACACAGCAGAUGGUUUUGCCAUCCAAAAUUCCAUUUUGGCGCAUGAUUUUCGAACAGGGUGUGAUCACGCAACAAAUUGCUGAGCACGCAUAUCCCGGCAGUGGCACUGAACAAGACCCGUACGUUGUGUCCUGGAUUGAGGACGAUCCGCGCAAUCCCAUGCUUUUCAAGAACACAUCAAAGUGGGCGAUUACCUCUCUUGUCUCAAUUGCUACUUUUGUGGUCGCGCUUGUCUCUUCUGCGUACUCGGGAGCUAUGUUGGAAAUUGUGGAAUAUUUCCGAAUCAGCGAGGAGCUCGCCCUCGUCGGCAUUUCACUCUAUGUGAUCGGGUUUGCUGUGGGCCCUCUCAUAUGGGCACCGCUCAGUGAGAUCUAUGGUCGGCGUCUAAUUAUCUUCUCGAGCUCCUUUUUCUUGACGGCUUUUACCGCCGGUGCCGCUGGUGCCAGAAACAUUCAGACUCUGCUCGUGCUCCGCUUCUUUGCUGGCACCUUUGGAUCAGCACCGAUGGCCGUCUCUGGCGCUGUCAUUGCAGACCUAUUUAAUCCUAUCAUCCGUGGCUUGGCGAGUGGUCUUUUUGCUGCUGCACCUUUCCUGGGACCUGUGCUGGGCCCCAUAUUUGGGGGCUACAUCGCCAAAGCAAGUGGUGGUUGGCAAUGGGUUCAAGGCUUCCUUGCAGCAUUCUCCGGGGCUCUGUGUCUGGCCAUUUUAAUGUUCUUGCCAGAGACAUAUGCCUCAGUACUUUUGCAAAAGCGAGCCCAGGCACUUGGAAAGAUCACUGGCCAAGUUUACCGAAGCAAAUUGGACGAAAAGAGAAUGAAACCAAGCAAAGCGCUGACCUCUGCACUUUCACGGCCUUGGGUGCUUCUCUUCCGCGAACCCAUUGUGCUCUUACUCUCGCUGUACAUGUCCAUUGUCUACGGUAUUCUGUACAUGCUCUUCGCGGCAUACCCCAUCGUCUUCCAAAACGUCCGAGGCUGGAGCGAAAGCCAGGGCGGCCUCGCAUUUCUCGGGAUCCUAGUCGGCAUCCUCAUCGCAGUGGCCUACAUUGUUCUUGUAUUCCUAGACUACAGAAAGCGCGCACUCAAAGUUUCCCCCGGUCGCCUUCCCCCUGAAGCCCGUCUCCCACCCAGCUUCCCAGCAUGCAUAGCUCUACCUGUUGGACUAUUCUGGUUCGCUUGGACAAGCCAACCAUCCAUCCACUGGAUGUCUCCAGUAGCCGCUGGUGUUCCCUUCGGGUUCGGAAUGGUAAUGGUCUUCCUCCCUAUUCUCAACUAUCUGGUUGAUGCAUACACCAUCUACGCCGCCUCCGUUCUUGCUGGCAAUUCAAUGCUCCGAUCCUUCUUCGGUGCGGUCUUCCCCCUCUUCACAACUUACAUGUAUCGUGAUCUGGGGACGAGCUGGGCUGCCUCGAUACCUGCUUUUCUGGCGGUCGCGUGCGCUCCAAUGCCGCUUUUGUUUUGGUUGUAUGGUGCGAAGAUCCGUGAGCGAUGCCACUAUGCUGCGCAAUCGGAGGCGUUCAUGAAUCGUGUCUUUGGAGGGCCGGUGACACAGGUUAUAUCGAAAUAG